GAAAUGUCGUAUGGUUUGAAUAUUGAAAUGCACAAACAGACAGAAAUUGCUAAAAGACUGAAUACAAUUUUAGCCCAGAUCAUGCCUUUUCUGUCACAAGAGCACCAACAGCAAGUGGCUCAGGCUGUUGAGCGUGCCAAGCAAGUGACCAUGACGGAGUUGAAUGCUAUCAUCGGGCAGCAGCAGCUCCAGGCCCAGCACCUCUCCCACGCCGCCCACGGGCCCCCUGUCCAGCUGCCACCUCACCCAUCAGGUCUGCAGCCCCCGGGCAUCCCGCCGGUGACGGGCAGCAGCUCGGGGCUGCUGGCUCUGGGUGCCCUGGGCAGCCAGGCACACCUCGCCGUCAAGGAUGAGAAGAACCAUCACGACCUGGACCACAGAGAACGAGACUCCAGUGCUAACAACUCGGUCUCACCCUCGGAGAGCCUCAGAGCCAGCGAGAAGCACCGAAGCUCCACAGACUACAGCAUCGACUCCAAGAAGAGGAAAGCAGAGGAGAAGGACAGCAUGAGCAGAUAUGACAGCGACGGCGACAAGAGCGAUGACCUGGUGGUCGAUGUCUCCAAUGAGGACCCUGCCACCCCCCGGGUCAGCCCAGCCCACUCCCCCCCGGAGAAUGGCAUAGACAAAGCCCGUGGGCUGAAGAAGGGCGAUGCACCCAACAGCCCAGCCUCGGUGGCCUCCUCCAGCAGCACUCCCUCCUCCAAGACUAAAGACCUGGGCCACAAUGACAAAUCCUCCACGCCGGGGCUCAAGUCGAACACUCCCACGCCGCGGAACGAUGCCCCCACCCCGGGCACCAGCAGCACCCCGGGGCUGAGGCCCAUGCCCGGCAAACCGGCUGGCAUGGACCCCCUAG